ACUCCAGUUUUCGGCAGAGCGGAGGGGAGCUGUGAGAGUGUCCUGAGCAGGACCGAGGGUAAGCACGUCACCCUGGAAAUGCAGAUCAGAAAAAUGCUUUAGAGGAUUGUUGCAAGCAUCUCGGGAGACUGCGCUUGAGAGAGAUGGCCGUUCAAGCUGCCAUCAUGAACUCACAGUUCUUAAACUUCUGCUUUCCCGGCUCGGUCAUGGAGUAUGAGGUGGAAAAGAGUCUGGAGGGCGGCUUUUUGGGUGAGGUGGACUGUGAAGGUGACUUUAGGGAAACCACUAGAGACCUGCUAAGCUUCAUCGAUUCGGCGUCCAGCAACAUCAAACUUGCACUGGACAAACCCGUCAAGUCCAAGAGAAAAGUCAACCAUCGCAAGUACCUGCAGAAGCAGAUAAAAAGGUGCACGGGCAUCAUCUCGCCAGGGGCCGCACCUGUUCAGGAGCCGUGCAAGCGACAAGGCUCGCCCCUGACCCCGACAAGCAGCCUGGCCGGCAAAACGCCUCCCAAGAGGGACGGGAUGCAGGCCAACCUGCAAAGCAAGAGUCUGGCUGCCCUGUUCAACCCGGCAAAGGAUGUACGGGGAGAAAAGGCCAAGAAGCCCCCGCUGCGACACCGAAACCUCCCUCCAUCUUUCUUUACGGAGCCGGCCAACAACUCCAGAGUUACAUCCACGUCUGGCAUGUCGCUCAAAGACCUGGAGCGAGGGACACCGGAAGCAGCAGAGUUUUUUGAGCUUCUUGGGCCCGACUACAGCAGUAUGGUUUCGGAGCAGGAUCUAUUUCAAGUGGCACCUGUCAGGAUCCAACAGGAUGCCACAGAGUCGCUUUUGUACGACUCGCAACAUUUCGUAACCGGUGGGUUUUUAUACACAGAGCCUUGGGGAACUUGCAGCGGCACUCCCAAAAAGUCCGGGGACAUGCGGACGGCAACCGUCCAGCCGAACCUUUAUACUCACACGGACCAUUCUGGCGCUUUGCCUGUGGAACAGAGCUCGCCAUGUGCACUUACCUUUUCAAACUUCUUUACAGACUGCACUACACCUCCGGUCUCCUACGAUCUGACCAACGGAUAUAACCGAGGAAGUUUUCCCUCUCUUUAAACAGGAGAUUUCUUAGUUUUCUGACACUUUGAAAUAAAAAUAGACUGUUUUUAGUAUGGUCUUAACAAAAGACAAACCUAAAUGUUAUGACCGUUUUAUUACCAUUUCUUCAACAUAUGCAAGUAUGAUAAUGAACCUUUUUACAUUUUUGCUUGGUGUUUUAAUGUAUGCAUUAUAACAAUGAUUAUUGCAUCCUAAAAGUUAUAAAAAUCUUAAAGAUGACCUUGCGUCUCUGAAUGUUUAACAGGAAAGGGAAAAAAAGACAUUUCUAAUCGAAUUAACAAAACUACACCUCAGGAGUUUGUGUUACUGCUCCCUUGUGUAAAACAACAGUCAAAAUUGCUUAAAAUAGAUGGGUCACAAUACAACUCUACGUAGACAUUGUCUGAUUGAUAAUCCUCCUAAUUUAAAAUAAAAUAAAAGCAAACAAGGUAGGAAGUUUCUUAUAGAGUUGAUCUCAGGGGGUUCUGCUUCUUUGUUUAAAUAUAGUCAAAGACAAAAAACGGCACCAUGAAGUAUUUGGACACUUAAGCCACACUGAAAAUGUAUUCCAAAAUAUCAGACAAACCCGUAACGUCUUUUUAAAAAAAGUAAUUUUUGAUUUAAAUGAUGGGCUCAAGUAUUAUUUUAGACUUUUCCUUCAAGUUCAUCACUUGAAGGAGUAACCACAGGUUCAUUUAAACACAUUUACUAUGGAAAUGUAACAUACAUUUUCAUAACCUGAAAACUAAAAUCACUACAGAUGAAAAAAGAUCACUUGAAAUGAACAGUAUGUCACCUUAGAAUGAUACAUUUCUGAUAUUUUUGGUCAAAAUUGAGUUAUUCACAUAUUAUGUAACUUAUUUAUGUCAUGCAAUGUUUCUUUUUUUUACGUUGUGUACAUUUUAGGACUUUUUUUAAACAAAAAGGUUCAUUUCUUCAUUUAUUAAGGGAAAUGGAAUGCAAAAACUUUGAAGCUCAAUAUCUAAAACUGCUCCGAAUGCAAAUAGAGCCUUAUAAUUCCAAUAAGGUGACGAUUUGUCUUGUGCUUAUUCUUUUAAUUUUAAGGCUUUUUUGUUUUGUUUGCUUUCUUUUAAGAAUAAUUUCAUGGAAUAGAAUUACUUGUACACAUUUCAAGUGUAAAAUACUUUGUGGGGCCACGCAAUGAAACACUGCAAUAUUAGCAAUCAAGACAAUCUGUCUACAUUGUUAUUUUGAUUAUUGCUCAUUUAUAAAACAAAAAUUGUUGGGUUUGCACACCUAAAACAAUACUUAAUUCUUAUAAUGUAGAAGUUAGUUUGGAGUAAAACUGUGCACGUUGCUAUACUUGUGUAGCAUUUGUCUACAUUGUUGUGUAAUACAGAAAAGUAACACAAUCUCAUUCAUCAGAAAAGUGAAUGCGGGCACAAUACAAUAUUGUUUUUGUAACUCUGUGGCCUAACAUUGCUAUAGAUCACAUUAGGUAGCAGACGUUUCCAAUUGCGAUGGGAAGCAACAAACAAUUAAAAUAAAUGACUCUACUGAACUUGUUUAUAUUUAGUUGUAGUGUAUGAAUUUUAUAUGGGAGGCAUCAGUCAGGAGUGAAUUUUCUGUUAGUAAUUUAUAAGCUGUAUCUAGUAGGCUACACUUCACAUGUGUUUAAGACAUGAUGUAUGCGGGAUUGUAAAAAACAAAUUCUUCAUGUGUGUAUUAAUGAAUGGAGUCAUCUAUGGAGUACAGAGGCACUCAGAGAAAGUUCUGUUCAUUCAUAAAGAUACAAAAUAAAGCUGGUCUUUAAGUCUG